AGUGGCUUCCUCUUUAGAGAACACACACACACUUCCUCCACUACAGCAACACUUUGCUUGACUGCUUUGACGCUCCGGGACAGAUUGUAAGCUAUAUGUUCAUACAAAACCUGCCAUUAAAGAUAGUAUGUUUGGUGUCUGAGACAGUGAAGGGGCCAGAAUGCAGAGCAUCAAGUGUGUGGUGGUAGGAGACGGUGCAGUGGGGAAGACCUGCCUCCUCAUCUCCUACACCACCAACGCCUUCCCCAAGGAGUACAUCCCCACUGUGUUUGACAACUACAGCGCCCAAGUGACAGUGGACAGCAGGACUAUUAGCCUCAACCUGUGGGACACAGCAGGCCAGGAGGAGUACGACCGCCUGCGCACCCUCUCCUACCCCCAGACCAACGUGUUUCUCAUCUGCUUCUCUGUUGCCAGCCCCCCCUCCUUUGAGAACGUCAAGCACAAGUGGCACCCAGAGGUCACCCACCACUGUCCCAAUACACCCAUUCUGCUGGUGGGCACCAAGAAGGACCUGCGUAAUGACCCGGAGGUGUUGAAGAAGCUUAAAGAUCAGAACCAGAUGACCAUCACCCAACAGCAGGGCACCGCCCUGGCCAGGCAGAUCCAAGCCAUCAAGUACCUCGAAUGCUCUGCCCUCAACCAAGACGGAAUCAAAGAGGUGUUCGCUGAGGGUGUGCGAGCCUUUCUCAACCCACAACCUGUCGCCACCAAGAAACCCUGUGUGCUAUUGUAAAGGCAGUAGAGAUACUAUCACGUAUGCAAAUCAAACAGAACAAUAUUAAUUAAUUGAAUGUGUGUAAACCAUUGGAGUUGAUUUUAUUGUGAAAUAUGUUUUUGUUGUACUGCUGAUAACAAACACUGCCAUAUCAAGACGUCCUUGAGACAAGGGGAUCAUUGAGGCAGAGCCAUUGGCUCAAGAUGGAUGCCUCAAAGCUGAGCCAAUGUUAGGUAGGCAAGACGGGCCUGGGUCAAAUGCUGUCUGCAAGAAUCCUUACUUUUGUAUAUCCAUUAUUUUUCCCUCUUCCUUUAUAGCAAUUAACCAAAAAGACCUGAGACUUUCUGAUGAGGAGAUACAUUCUCUCAUUUAUCAGUGCUUGUAUUGUUGUCACAUUUUGACAUGUAUGGCCUUUACAAAAAUAAUUAAAAAAUAUCAGGAAUUUAAAUAUCCAUACUCCCGUAA